AUGAGCGAUCGUCUGCAAAACCCAACCCAAUCACUCGACGAUAAUGACCUCACUCAUCCCUCGGAUUGGCCUUCAGAGCUCUCUGGUUUCUAUGCACUCGACGAUUCGUUUCGGUGUACGAUAUGUAAGGACUUCUACCGAGCUGCAAUGUCUCUACCCUGCUCCCAUACCUUUUGUUCCCUUUGCCUUCGCAGCCACUUGGCACAUACCAUGGAGUGUCCUACCUGCAGAAUAACGGUUCAAGGUCUGGCGGAUAUGAAACCGAACAGAGCCCUUGACGAUAGUGUCAUGCACUUUAGCCGUUGUCGUUCUCUGCACUUGCCUUUCCUAUCGUCACUGUUGUCAUCCAGGGUUUGUCCUGUACCAGUAACUCGUGCUGAUACCCACUCGGCAACGGAUACUGUCGAUGACCCUGCUACCAACGUCAAUAAUCAACGUGAGUCCUCAGAUGCGCAUGGUAUACGCGAUCCUGCGAGUGGUUCUCGCCGCUACGACACGCGAUUCGCAAAAGGCAGAGAGCUCACAGACGCCUCUAAACCUCGGGGAUCCUCAUCCCUUGGCCAGCUAUCACAGUUGCAGCCACUGGGAGACACGCCGGUCAUCUGUCCUUUAUGCCUCAAUGCAACAAAGGCAAGAGAUUUGGAUCGACAUAUAGAUAGCGGUUGCACGUCGUUUGCAACGCGGACAGAGGAACCAAGUGUUCAAUCUUGGUCGGCGUCUACUAUAAAUAGAAGAAAUUCCCGGCGGCCAAAAGCAUCUGUUCCGUAUUCACUUUGUAGCGAAUCUAAACUGCGUAAGCUACUGCGGGAUGAUGGUCUUCCAUCUAGUGGAGAUAGGUCUACUCUGAUUAAACGACACGCGGAGUGGGUGAAGCGAUACAAUGCAAAUUUGGAUCAUCCACAACCAAAGAGUGACUUUCAAGUAUCCCGCGAGCUGGCAGAGUGGGAGAAGGCAAUGGCCAGUACCCCUCCUACCCCAUUCACCAGUAUUCCGGGGCAUGAAGUGACUGUAGAAACCGAAGAAGAAAAAAGAAAACAUCACGAGCGGUAUAAAGCGGAAUAUGAAAGAAUGAUAGUAGGGUUAAAGAAGAGAAAGCGGGCAGAAGAGUCCUCAACACCUAGUGACAGCACACAUCAGGUUACAGAUGAUCAAGUAUACCAUUUAUGA